UGCUUGGCUCAGCUAUUAUUCACGCUCUCCCACGAUCUUAGCCAAUUGAUUAGACUACUAGCGAAUCAGAGGAUCAAGCGAGCAGAAAAAACGAAGAACUAUUCCGCCAGUUCAGUGGAGACAACGUAGCCAAUGAAGGAUGGAUGGGUCGCACGACUUUGCAUGGUCGCAGUGACCUGGCUUCUGUCCGCCGCGCAAGAGCAGGAUGACGCCUCUUCGCUUUUGGCCGUGGUUCUGCAGAAUCGUUCCAAGGUCAUGAAAGCCACCCAGGAGAAGCCUGGCCUCAUUUUGGUGAAGCUUACCAGGAAGUUUGGGCAGCCUCAAGGCACAGCAGGCGCUUGGCGGAGCUCUGCCUAUGUUGGAGAUUUGCUCAUAGGCAGCCCGCAAAUGCAGCAGCUCCAAGUGAGCUUCGACACAGCCUCUGGUCAGGUGAUCCUUCCUUCCAGCAGGUGCCACAGCGCAGCCUGCAAGGAGCACCGCCGCUUUGCUCCCGGGGCCUCUGCCAGCGCCCGGGAGAUCAAUGCCGACGGCAGCGAGGUGCGAUUGCAGCCAGGGGCCCUGUCUAUCAAGCGAGAUGCCAUCACAGUUGGAGUCUCCAGCAUCGACCACGGCUCUGGGCACGCCUACGGGGAUCUCAUCAUGGAUCAGGUCUGCCUGGGAGGGGUGGCGCCGCAGCAGUGUGCAGAUCUGGGCCUCGUGGCUGUUACCAACAUGAGUGAUGUGCCCUUCAGGGCUAUGGUGCAAGAUGGCAUCGUGGGCCUGGGAAUGGAGCAGCUGGCGGCCAACCCGACCUUCCACACUUUGAGCCGUGUGGACCCUGCCAAGGCCAACCUGUCCAAAUCCUUCAGCUUCUAUUUAGGUGCCGAACAUGGUGAACUGGCCCUGGGUGGCUUGAACCCAGGCAGACUCUCAGGUGCAUUGAACUGGGUCCCAGUUCUUCGACCCGAGGAGGGCUACUGGCAAUUCUCGAUUCGUUCCUUGCGCGUUGGGAAUCGGACGCUGGCUUGCUCCGCGAAUGCGACAGCGCCUUGCCGUGGAAUCUUGGACACUUCUGCUGCUGGUGUCGGACUUCCGCCAGCAGUGCACAGUUCUUUGAUGGCGGUCCUGUCACAGGCGCCAUGCGCAGGGCCAGGAGUAUCCCUUGAAGUGGAGUCUGCAAGAGGCAGCGUGGAACUUCAACUGGAUGCACAGGACUAUCGCCAGAAUUGUGAGGCCAUGUUCAUUCCAACUGAACUACCAGAGGCCUUUCAGGAUGUUCUCAUUCUUGGCCAGCCCCUACUGCGCAAGUACUACACUUCCUUCGACUGGGAGACGAGGCGUCUUGGCUUUGGCCUGGCAUCUCACGCCCAGGAUGCCGGUGGAUCAUCCAUUGAGGCCAGCUACCCCGUCGCAGUGCUCAACACCCGGCAGGCAGAGGAACUUGAAGCUCAGAUCGGCAAAGAACACUGGCGAGCCCGUGCUUCUCGCUUAGCAGAGGCCAACAUGCUGGCCGUCGUGCUGCUGCAGGUGCUCAUUCUGCAGGUUUUGGUGAUCUUGAUCUUUUUGGUCUUUAGUCGCCAGGAUCUUUUGAAUGGACGGCUUCCUCUUGUAUGGCUGAGAGCUGGAUUGCAGCGAUGGUUUGGUCUCAAGAUCCCGGGCAAGGCCUGGCUGCUGGCGAUGCAGUCUUUGCCUUUGGAUGAGGCACCAGAGGCGUCCGAAUGCGUGGUGUGUCUGGGGGUACGCGAAGAGGAGAUGCAGCCUGGCAGCCGUCCAUGCUGGUGCAAGCUGCGCUGUGGGCAUGUCUUCCACCAGGAUUGCAUCGGAGAGUGGCUGGUCAAGGUGCAGAGCUGCCCCGUUUGCCGCAGCCACAUCUUCAAGAGGCACAGCAUUCGACGCCCGCAGCUUUGACGUUUUCAUAGAAGUUAUGGAGGUGCCCGAGCCACGGAAGGCCAUGAGUGCGUUGUUUGAGCCUGCGAGCCACUGUGCUUGGAGCACGUUGGCAAUGGAGGCCGGUGCACUUUCAGAGGCCGGAGCUAAAGGUGGGGCGUGCACCCCGACGACUUCAGUUGACUCCUUUGCAAUGAUGGAGGACCGCGGCACUGAAUGUUCUGAACUACACGCACGACACGUGGAUCUCUUGCAGCUCAACGAGCUGAACUGGAGCCAUCUUGCAAGAGAUCAGGAGUGGCGCACGACGCUGCAUCUUCGCAACCUCACUUGGAAGUUGUGUGAUGAGGGAAUGCUGCAGGCCUUCCUCCAGAGGAGCGGGCUAAUGGAUUCCAUUGAAAAGAUCCAGGUGAAACCGGGCAGCGCACGCCGUUCUGGCUCCGCUCUGCUCUAUUUGAAAGGGGUCGAGGAGGUUGCCAAAGUUGCCAAGUUCUUCCACGGCCGCCAGUUUCCUGGCGCACGCUCGCCUGUGGCCGUGAGCUUUGCUGACUUGCGACCGCCUGGCUACAAGGUCCCUGCCACGUCUUUAGGAGAUCCUCAGCGCGUGAACUGCCUUCUGAAGUGGCGUUGCCGCCGGGGCUGUUUGACUGACCGGCUAAGACACGACUUCGUGAACCUCACGCUCGCUUUGGUGCGGGUGUGUGGCAAAGAAUGGAGUUGCUGCAUGCAUAAUUUGUCCAGUUUCAAAAGCGUGUGAAACCGCUGAGACAUGUGCAGUUCUGCUCCCAAGCAAUGGUGGACACAGACUCUUCGCCAUCAAGCCUUCCCUA